GAGACGCCGCUGAGGAACAGCCCCAGCCCGCCCAACAGCACCGGGGGCACGAUCGACAGCGAUAGCUGGGACCCCCGUUUCAAUGACACCCCCUCCUCCGUCUCGCUGCCCGCCAAGAACAGAAAGAACUUCAGUCAGCUUAAGCGAGCGAAACCGUACAGUUCCCUGUUCCAGCGAGCGAAGGCCAGCAGCUUCCUGCCGGAGCGAAAGCAAAUGGAUAAGAUCAGGAAGAAGAAAAAGCUGAAAAGGAGGGAAGCGGAGGUGUCUGCAGAGGAGGACUAUGAAGAGAAGCUGCUGGAGCUGGAGGCAGAGGACUCUUACGCCGAGGCGCCGAUGAGCCCCUCGUCCGAGGGCGACCCUCAGUCUGUGGCUGACACUGCUCAGUGUGGGACUCUGACCUCCCCUGCCGUGACGGCCGAGCAGACGGUGGAGAUCCAGAGCGUGGGCAAACGCACGGUCAUUCGGCAGGGCAAGCAGGUGGUCUUCCGGGAUGAGGACGGCACUGGCGACGACGAGGACAUCAUGGUGGAUUCGGACGAUGACUCCUGGGACCUGGUCACCUGCUUCUGCAUGAAGCCUUUCGCUGGGCGGCCCAUGAUCGAGUGUAACGAGUGCCACACCUGGAUUCACCUCUCGUGUGCCAAAAUCCGCAAGUCCAACGUCCCAGAGGUCUACAUCUGCCAGAAGUGCCGGGACUCCAAGUUUGACAUUCGCCGCUCGAACCGCUCCCGGACGGGCUCGCGCCGGCGCUUUCUGGACUAG